AUGGACAUCACCAAUAACACCCCCCUUCGUACUGCCAGUUCAUCCUCCACCUCGCGCGAUCCCAUCUCUCAGAUCGUUUCUCCCAAGUUCUUCCUCUUCCCCACCCAUUUGCAACCACGCCCGACAGUUGUCUCCGCAUCAUCAGCCAUGGAUAAACAACCUAGCUCAUUUCAACAGUUGGAGAAGCUUGGUGAAGGCACUUAUGCCACCGUGUUCAAGGGGCGAAACCGGCAGACGGGUGAGUUGGUCGCUCUGAAAGAGAUCCAUCUCGAUUCCGAGGAGGGGACUCCGUCGACAGCCAUUCGUGAGAUCUCGUUGAUGAAGGAGUUGAAACAUGAGAGUAUUGUGUCGCUUCACGAUGUCAUCCACACGGAAAACAAGUUGAUGCUGGUCUUCGAGUACAUGGACAAGGAUCUCAAGAAGUACAUGGACACCCGGCCUGAUCGGGGCCAAUUGGAUCAAGCGACGAUCAAGUCAUUCAUGCAUCAACUCCUCAAGGGCAUUGCAUUCUGUCAUGAAAACCGGGUCCUUCAUCGCGACUUGAAACCGCAGAACCUCUUGAUCAACAAGAAGGGCCAGUUGAAGCUGGGAGAUUUCGGCCUGGCUCGUGCUUUCGGUAUCCCAGUCAAUACCUUCUCGAAUGAAGUGGUGACGCUGUGGUACCGCGCGCCCGACGUCCUUCUCGGCAGCCGGACGUAUAACACGAGUAUUGAUAUCUGGUCGGCCGGGUGCAUCAUGGCAGAGUUGUACACGGGCCGUCCCCUCUUCCCAGGGACCACGAACGAGGACCAGUUGCAGAAAAUUUUCCGCCUAAUGGGCACGCCGUCAGAACGCUCGUGGCCCGGGAUCUCCCAACUGCCCGAAUAUAAGCCGAAUUUCCAUGUCUAUCCGACCAAUGACCUUGGCGUCAUCCUCCCCCAGAUCGAUCCGCUCGGACUCGACCUGUUGAAUCGCAUGCUCCAACUCCGACCGGAAAUGCGGGUUAGCGCGCAUGACGCGUUGCAACAUCCCUGGUUCCAUGACCUCCCGCAGUUGCAGGCACAAUUGCAGCAACAGCAGCAGCAACAACAACAUCAGAUGGCAGGCGCCUAUGGAGGCAUGAUCCCACCGCAACAAGCAUAUUAA